UAUAAACUCUCCGGUGUUGAAGCUAUGGAGUGGAACAAAUGUAAGAAGAGUUGAAGCUAAGCUCUCUUGCAAAAAGUGUUGUGUGAAGUAGAUCUCAAUAAGCAGAUCAAAUGAACCAAUUUGUUCCGAAUUGGAACAUGGACGACGAAUCGCGAUCUCUUCGAGAUCUCGUCGCCGCGCCGGAUCGAAAGGAACCUAUUGGAGCAGACAAUGAGCUCAUAGAACUGCUGUGGCAGAAUGGGCAUGUUGUCAUGCAGAGCCAAACUCAUCGAAAACCCCCGGCCUUAGCCCCCGAAUUCAAGCAAUUGCGUAAGCACGAUGAACCGAUGCUGAAAUCAGCGGCGACCGUUGCGGCCACGAGCAGUCUUACUCGAGACGAGACCGCGUCGUGGUUCCAAUACCCGCUCGAGGAUUCGAUCGACAGGGAUUUCUACUCUGAGUUCUUUUUCGACAUGCCGAACGCCGACGAAGGGCGACCGGGCGCGGAGAAUGAUGCGGUUGACUUCUCGCACUUUGCGAAACAAUGGAAGGGUGGUGAUGCAGGGGCGUCGAAUCCGUUACCGGGGGAGAAGAGGGUGGAGAGUGGGGGUUUGGGAGUGGCGGGAGCGUCGUCGUCGUCGAUGAUGACGGUCGCGUCAAGCAUUUGCGUGAGCAACCAAAUUCAAGUGGCUGCUAAGUUGAGGCAGAUUGCGAGCGGCGACGCCGGAGCUUCCGCUUCGAGAAGAAGCUCGAAAGAAGAAGCUCACACUAGAUUGGCUUCGCAAGAAGCCGCUGUGGCUUCGUCGUCGGGCCGUUCCGGUUGUAGUUUCGGUUUCGGACGAACGGAACAACACAACAACAAGAGAAAGGAAAGAGGAAUGGAGGAAUUCGAAAGCCUCAGCGAGGACGCGGAGAAUGAAUCCGUCGAGGCGAAUAACCAGGCUCAGCGGUCUACAUCUACGCGCAGAAGCCGUGCUGCUGAAGUUCACAACCUGUCAGAGAGGAGAAGAAGAGAUAGAAUUAAUGAGAAAAUGAGAGCACUGCAAGAGCUCAUACCUCACUGCAACAAGAGUGACAAAGCAUCUAUAUUAGAUGAGGCGAUCGAGUACUUGAAGUCGCUUCAACUGCAAGUUCAGUUUCUGUGGAUGGGAACUGGUAUGGGGCCGAUGAUGUUUCGCGGGUUCCACCAAUACAUGUCGCGCGUGGGUCCUGCCUCCAUCCCUUCGCUGCAUAGUCCGGUUCCGAUGUCGAGAGCGCCAUUCAUGAAUAAUCAGUUUAUGGCCUCAACUUCUACAGCAAACGCGGCAAAUUUCUCCAACCAAAUGCCGAAUGUACCUCUCGGAGCUGGUUUACUUGGUCUUAAUCAUCUUCCGCUACAAUCUCAGGCGAUGAAUUGUGAUGCAUACGGACCUAAAACAGCGCAGCAGCAUCAGAGUUCAGUGGAGCCAAUUUCCGGAGCUUCUCCCUCCGAAAGUACUCCGAAGGACAAAGCUGGUUAGCAGAUAACGGUUCAUACUUGGAGGAAAUUUCGCGCAAUCGGACCCACUGCAGCUGUAACAUGACUGCUUCUUGCUGCUCGUUUUUGCGGACGAGACAUUCGGAUUGGCGGCCGAAAUAAGUAUCUAAUUGUUAGUUAGAACUCAUUUUUCUUUUUUUUUAUGUGAAGAGAUAAAAUGGCGAAAAAUGAUCAUCUUUCCUUGCCCAGAAACUUUCUGAUGCAUUAAUUUAUUGAUAUUUCUUAUAAGAGUUUAAAAUUUUUCCCCCCUUUUUUAUUGCUAGGGAUAAAUAUCUAACAAGUGUAAAUUUUCAUUUGGUAAUUACUGAGAUCAGCAAAUUUGGAAUAUUGUAA